AUGUUAUUAAAUCAGCAGAAGAAGGGUGUGAGUCAUUACAAUACGUAUCAAAACGAUAACGGUGCUGAAAAAAUAUCAAGUAGCCGUUUCAAUAAUUUUAAACGUUCGGAUAGUGAAACUCGACUUUUGACUGCUAAAGGUUGUUGUCUUGAAUCAGUUGAAUAUAUAAGUUUAACAGAAAAAAUUCACGAGCGUAUUGCUAAUAAUGAUCGUUGGUAUUCGCUUGAAUUUUUUCCACCACGUACCGCCAGUGGUGCUGCAAAUCUUAUUGAAUGUUUUGAACGUAUGGCUGUUGGCCAACCAUUAUUUUGUGAUAUAACUUAG